UGCAAGAUGGUGGAGCCACCGCUUAGUAGAGGAUACAUUUUUCAUGAGAAAAAAACUACGUUUUUUUAACCGAAAUAUAACUAAAACUUGAUACAAUUUUCUUUAGCAAAUACUUUACAGUCCUGUGCUCAGACAUGACAGAGUGUAUUUUAUGAUUCACCAGACAUUCUACUCACGGUAAAGUGUUACUGUACACGCAUUCAUUUGAUUAUGUCAUGGAGGUGGUACAAAAUUAUGAAAUUAAACCAUAAAUUUGUUUUACAUUAAAAUAAAAGGUGUAUGUAACUUAAUUGUCCGUUUUGAAAUGGCAAUGCCACUGCCAGAGUCUGGAGUUGAUCUCGAGUAUGAUCUUGAACUCGACGAUGAUGACGGGGCUUUCGAUCUUUUUGGAGAACUGAGACAAAAUUUGUGCUCAACCUUGCAACAAACAUAUUUGGAAGGCAACUGUGAAGGGUCUGUUUCUUCAAUAACUUCCGGGCCAGGAUCAGCAGAGGUUGGGUUCAGCCUAGCUGAAGAAGAUAUCAGUCAGUCUGGUGCAUUUUCAAACUCAAGCUAUUAUGAGUUGCGAAGUACACCAGUUGAAAGUUCCAUACUGCAGAAAGAGUUUUCACCUGGCGCCAUGUCUACAAGGACAAAUUUUAAGCAGGAGCUUAUGCGCCAGCAGAUCCAAGACAUGGACAAACGAGAACAAAGUCUGCCGUGCUCAUCUCCAAUGCUGACCUCACCUGCUAUAGACCUUCCCAAGCUUUCUACCAUCCCAGAAGUUCCUACAAAUGUUCUAAAGGUGACCACCAAACUUGAGAACCCGACGCGGUAUUACAUCAAGCAAUCCCAAAAGCGUCAAGUUGAACAGUAUCUGUCAGCUUCUGCAUCGCAAUCAAGAAUGUCUCCUCAUUUACUCAAUUGCAGCCCUACUUCAAAUUCCCCAUCACGCAAACAGAGUGGAUCAAUCUCCAGUGUACCCAACAGUCCCAUGUCAACUACGCAAGAGGUGGAUGAUAUUUUAGAUGAAGUGAUAAGUUUGGAAUCAAGCAUAGGAGAAGAUGCACUUAGUCAAUACCUUCAAGACCCGGUAAUGAUGCCAUCUACGAUGCCAGUACACACAUAUCUAGACCAGUUGAGUCCUACUGGUGGUAUGACACCUGCUGCUGUUCCUACUCAGUCAGUCUCAUGCCCAGCUGACCUGAACCAAAUCAAGCAAGAACCUUUUCAAGAGCAAGUACGAGCUAUAGCUAAAGAACGACAGAAGAAGGACAAUCACAACAUGAUUGAGAGAAGAAGACGCUUUAACAUCAAUGACAGAAUCAAAGAGUUGGGAACUCUUAUUCCAAAGAACAUUGAUCCUGACCAAAGGCAAAAUAAAGGAACCAUUCUCAAAUGCUCUGUUGAUUACAUCAUGAAACUGCAAAAGGAACAGACACGUUUUAAGGCUGCAGAAGAGCGUCAGAAGAAACUUCAAUCAGUUAAUCGACGAAUGAUGCUUAGGAUUCAAGAGUUGGAAAUGCGAUGCAAGCAAUUCAAUAUUCCAAGCACUGCUCUUAGUGAGGAGACAAAGACAGAAAAUAUAGCCGGUGAAUUUAUGCGUCUCCAGAGCAAUGAUCUUGAUUUGAACAUUAAAGGUGAAAAAUCUGAGAUGAAAGAGAAUGGUGGCAACAUUUACAGAGCAGCUACUUUUGCUACUGAAGGCAGCUUUGGAAACUCAAGAACUGCAAAUAUGUUACAGAACAAAUCAAGUAUCGAGGAAAUGAUGGACGAUAAUACUUUGCACACUGGAGUGGAUCCACUAUUGUGCCAAUCUUCACCAAUUGCCUCUUUACAUAGCAGUAGACGAAGCAGUCUGACAAGCAUGGAUGAUACACAGUCCGAGCUUCCACCAUCUAAUUUCCUCUCAUGAGUUUAAAAGUCUAGAAGUCUGCUGGUCAGACGAUGGCUACAUUCAAAGACUGCAUGCUUAUCUUGGCAACAUGGAUUUACAGGAGUAGUAGAAUCUUACUUUGUGUCAAGUGAACAAAACAAUUUUAAAGGCAAUAGACACCUUAGGUGAUUGUCAAAUACCAAUCUUCUCAUUUGGUGUAUCUCAACAUAUGUAUAAAAUAACAAACUUGUGGAAAUUUGAACACAAUUGGUCGAAGUUG